AUGGCUGCCAUUGUAUCCCCACGCCCUCGCCUCGCUCGUCCUCCGCGCUCCAUCAUGGAGCCCCCACAUAUACAAGAGAAGGCCCACGUCGGUCCGCAUAGGCGGGCGCCCCGCAGCCCUCCGAGGCUUGGAUCCCCUAUUGAUCUCUUCGAUCCUCGUGCCUACAAGUCCAAUAUCUCCAAGUCAUCGACGCCGUGUAGCCCCAUGAAGAGACGCAGAGGCCUUACAUUCAACCCAGUCCGCUCGCCGCGACGGCGGCAUUGUAUGCGCACCGAAUGCCCUCUUUCUCCGUUGGGUGGACCUGCAUUGUUCGACCGCCUGCCGUGGAUCUCGCAGUUAGAGAAUUCACCAGAUUCUGUUUCUGCAUUCGAUAUUGCAGACUUAUCGGUCCUGGCAGAGGAGCUAUCUCGUCCGCAAUCGCCUCGUACAGGUCCCGUUCGUCAUCGCAAGUCAUCGCGGUUUAAUCAACUCCCAUCUAUCGACGAUUUCGAUUAUUUCCCUCCACAUCUCCACGAACUUCCGGUGUAUGCACUACUCCCGCCGGACCGAUAUCCGCCUACUCCGCGGACGCCACCACCCAGGGAAACAUUCCUGCCUUCUGAUAUCCAUUUUCAAGGACUUCGUCCGGCCUUCCCACCGGGAUUCGAUGACUCAUGUUAA